GCUCUCUGCUCGGCUGUUACAGAGCCGCGUCUCCCCUCAGCUUCCAUGGAGGAUGAGUAGAAACAGACAAACUAUUUUCUAACGAAUAAUAGCGUCUAUUUAUCUCUAUGUUUUAUCUUCUAUUCUCGUCUGGGACUCGCUCGUGCUGGUUGAACGUUGGUAGUGACGUGCUGCGGUGAACGAACGUUAGCGUCGUCCAAAACACGGUUAGCUAACCUGCUGCCUGAACCUGAACGUAGUGAGUGUGUUUUAAUAUUUGAACAGCUGUUUAAAGGUCCUACACUCAUAACUCCGUGGAUGUUGUGUUGGCUGACGCGUGUGCAGACCUCCAUUAAUGAUUGCAGCACUGGGAUGAUUUUGAUGGAGUGAGACACCGCUGUCGAGGCAGAUCUACAAGAAAGCUGAUCUACAUAUCUGGGUUGAAGUAGCAACUUGGAAUCCUCUCACCUGCAUUCAAACCCUGAACUGAACUGAACUUUGAGAUGGAUGGAAUAGACACCUUGCAGAGCUCGGCCCCAGAGACCAAGGCUGAGCGGAUUGCCCGGUACAAGGCAGAAAGGAGGAGGGAGCUCGCCGAGCGCUAUGGCAACACAGAUGAAUUCACAUCCAAAUAUGUCCGUAGGGACAGGAAAAUUGGAGACACAUCCGAAACAGUGUCUUCAGAAACCAAGGAGAAAGGAAAAUAUGAGGAUAAUGGAUCGGAGCACACAUACACCAGGAGGGGGCUGAGGAAUAAAGUAGCAGAACCUGUGGGACACACUGAUGAUGUGCCCGCCCAGGAAAAAGAGGCUACCACUCACCUCAAAGCAGACACAGUUUUAUCCUCUAAAUCCGAAGCUGUCUCCUCCUUAAAGACAUCCUCUCACUUGAGCAGUCAGCAUGCAAACCAAUCAGAUAAGAACCAUGAAUCAUGUGAAAUCAUCCUACAGCAGAGUAAGACUGUGGGACUGGGAAGACCAUACAUCAGUGCGUGUUACAUGAAUCAGCUGCAUCUGUGUAGCAUCAUGCUGCUGGAAACUGAUGACACAGAGGAGCCAAAGGUUGACGAGAAGCCUGUGGACUCGGCCAAGAGGACUGCCAAGAUGUCUCUUUUUAAGGACCUGGAGGGGACGGAGGAUGGGAGCAGCGGCCGGCGUGCCAACGACAGGCUAAAGUGUCAGCAAAUGAGCAGUGACGAAGAGGAUUCCUCCACCAGCCUUCCCAAAACCGAUAGAAGCAAGGUAAUGGAUGAGAAAGACGCCGCAGAUGAGCCGUCAUGGAAAGAGCAGCACGAAUAUGCUCCCACUGUCGAAGAAAAGCCCUCCAGUCUCCUCUCCGACAGGGCUCUCCCCCUCAGCGAGAACACAGACGCCUCUCCCCCUCCCUCUCCUCCCUGCCAGCCUGCCUCGCUGCAGCGCCAAGACUCCGGGCCACGGGGCAUCAAGGGAAUCCUAAAGAAAAGCCGCUCCACCAGUGUGGAGUCGGACCACAGCGAGGGCUCCACGCCAGAUUGUGCGCCAGCCCGACAAAGCAGCGUCACCCUGAGCCACCCCGAGAGUGAAGAGGAGAUGGAGGAGAUGGAAGAGGAGGAGAAUGAGGAGGAGAUAGAGGAAGAAGAAGAAGAAGAAGAAGAAGAAGAGGAAGAGGUCAAUGGGGAAAACGACAGAGAGGAUGAGUCAUUAUCUGAUGAUAUCACAGACAGAGCGAGCUUCAGCAUGGAGAGACAGCAGAGGGAGGGAAGCAGCAGCAGCAGCAGCAACAGCGGAGCGAGCUUUGAGGAGAUGAGGAGUCCUUCGCCUGACGAGAGCCUGGAGAAGACGUCCUCAGUGUCCGAGGAUGUUGAGGAACUGGAGAGCAGUUUGGAUGGAAGCCAGGGCUCCUCACUCAAACAGAGACUGGCAGAGUUCACAGGUGAAGGUGAGAAGAAGGAUAGAAAGAAAGCCAAACCAUUCGAGCAGGUCCAGACGUCACUGGCUGAGCGCUUCGGUCAGCUCCAUGAUGCUGAGAACGCCUGGAAGAAAAAGAAGUCCAACGUCGAUGUGGCGCCCAAGGUGUCACUGGCAGAGAGGAUGAAGAUCCUGAAAGACAAGGAGGAGCAGUGGAAGAGCAAAGGCAAAGGAGCAGCCAACGACUCGGUCCAGUUCACUGUGGCUGGGCGCAUGGCCAAGAGAGGUCUUGUGACAGACACGGGGAAGGAUGAGUCACCUCUUAUCGCCCUCAAAAGGUCUAAUGCCACGCCUGUGAAGCCACAUGAAGAAAUCUCCAGCAGAACUGAUGUGAAGGUGGAAGGAGACAAGAGGCUCGACAAGCUCGAGUCUUUCCUCGAUAAGCUCCACAAUAAAGGUGUGAGCAAAAGCAAGACAUCCACCGUCGAGGUGACGGCAGAGACGGAGAAAGAAGUGAUGACCCUGGAUGAUGAUGAGACGUUCGGGAACUUCUACAGAUCUAUCUCACCGACAUCACUCCAGGACUCCAGCAUGGUUUUGACAGAGGAGGACCUCAGCCAGAUCCAGGCCGAUACACCAAAGCUCACCUCAGCUGUAGCAGAACACAAGCGAGCAGUACGCCCAGCCAGAAGGAACCAAGGCUCCAGGAACCCUCUGCGGGCUCUGGCCGCCCGCAAUGACAUCCGCCAGGUCUACACAGAGCAGAGGCUUAACGUGGCCUCACUGGAGACAAAGAGGAUCCAAGUGGAGAGGAUGGCAAAACACUCGAAAACUAACCUGGCUGAUGUGGCCUUGGCGGGUCUCGCCAGCAAGGAGAACUUCCGCAAGGUCAACCUGCGCAGUGUGAAAUCCACUGAUGUUGUGACCAACAAUAGCACGCUGCCUUUCAACAAGCUCAUGCUCAUUCGCAUCAAAGGUCGGAGGCACGUCCAGGUGCGUCUGGUGGAGCCCACAGCCUACUCUCUAAACAGCGGCGACUGCUUCCUUCUCAUAACACCAAAGCACUGCUACAUGUGGAGCGGGGAGUUCGCCAACGUCAUUGAGAAAGCUAAGGCGUCCGAGAUGGCAACGUUCGUCCAGGCCAAGAGGGACCUCGGGUGUAAGGCGUCCCAGGUGACGGUGCUGGAGGAGGGCAUCAACACCGAGAGCAGAUGGGCCAAAGAGUUCUGGAGCCUGCUGGGAGGACAUACCAAGUACAGAGGGGCAGGGGAGCCGGAGGAGGACGAACUGUACGAGAGUGGGGUGUUAGACUCUAAUGGUGUGUACAGACUGCAGGGAGACAAACUGGUGCCUCACGAAGAUGCCUGGGCCUCCAUCCCGAGUGUCACCUUGCUCGACUCCAAAGAGGUUUUAGUGUUUGAUUUUGGCAGCGAGGUGUACGUAUGGCACGGGAAAGACGUGCCCUUGGGUGACAGAAAAGUUGCAGUGAAACUGGGCAAACAGCUUUACAGCGGCAGUUACGACUACAGCAACUGCAGAGUGAACCCUUUAGACGCCUCCUGCACCAAUACAGAUGUGCCUCAAAAGGGGGAGGGUCGCCCGAGCUGGACUCUGUUUGGCCGGCUGUCCGAGCACAAUGAGACAUCCCUGUUCAGAGAGAAGUUCCUGGACUGGGCCGAGAGGAAGAAGGAGGAAGCAGCUCUACCAGAGGAAGUCAAGAGCCCAGUCCACACCAUCGAACGACCCAUGUUCGACUUGGAACUGCAGCCAUGUGACGCCAAGGCCCUGCUGGACAACGAGCCUGAGCCGGUGAAGACAGUCCUGGAGGGAGUGAACGUCCAGCGGGGCCACGGCGUGGUGAGGGCAGAUGACGGAAGACAGGCGGAGUUGGCUACAGUAGCUGUAGAGUCCUGGCACAUCAAAGAGCACGGCGAGGAGGAACUGCCUAAAGAGAGUCUGGGCCAACUGCACGAGGGUGAUGCCUACAUCAUCCGUUGGAAGUACUCUAUUACCACACUGGUUGGAAAGCGACAGAAACCCGGGGAGCUGAGUGCCGGCGCUCCUGGGAGAGAGAGGACGGCGUGUUUUUUCUGGCAAGGCAGCCGCUCCAGCGUCAGUGAGAAAGGAACGUCGGCUCUGAUGACAGUGGAGCUGGGCAGCCAUCGGGGGUCACAAGUGUUGGUGACUCAGGGAAAAGAGCCUCCAUGCUUCCUCCAGCUGUUCCAGGGAGGCUUGGUCAUCCACAAGGGCAGCAGAGAAGACGGCGCCAACAAAACAGAUGGCUGGAGGUUGUUCUGUGUCCGUGGUGAGGCAGAGGUGGAGGCCUCACUGGUGGAGGUAAAUUGCCAGCGUGCCAGUCUGCGCUCUCGUGCCAGCCUGGUGCUUCUUAACGCUCAGAAAGGCGUUCUCUACUUGUGGCACGGCUGCAAAGCACAUGUCGGUGCCAGGCAGGUGGCCAAAAGAGCUGCGGACAAGCUAACACAGAGGAAUCCUGCAGAGUUAGGUCUGAGCAGCAGCAGCAAUGUGAAAGUUGAGGAGGUGGAGGAGGGAUCUGAGCCCUCAGAGUUUACAAAGGCUCUGGGCUCGCAGGAUAAGAAGGCCUACGACUGCAUGCUGCAAGAUCCAGGCAAGUACAACUACACACCUCGGCUGUUCCGGCUAAGCGCCAGCUCUGGGGUGUUCGAAGGAGAGGAGCGGCUGUAUCCAGCCAGAGUGGCUGAGGGGGUGAUGGCGAUGCCUUUCCUACAGGAGAACCUUUACUCCGCACAACAGCCAGCCCUGUUCCUGCUGGAUAACCGUAUGGAGGUGUACCUGUGGCAGGGCUGGCAGCCUGAGGACACACAGUGUCCCGGCUCUGCAAAGAUCCGCUGGAACAACGAGAGGAAGUGUGCCAUGGAGACGGUGCUGCAGUACUGCAAAGAGAAGAAUCCCCGACGCCCCCCUCUGGCAUAUCUGAUCCUUGCAGGCUGUGAACCUCUCACCUUCACCAACAUCUUCCCAUACUGGGAGAAGGACACCAGUAUCUCUCCAAAGGCCGAAAGCUCCAAGAACAAGGUGAUGUUAGUAAAGGAGGCGCUGUCUCAGCUCAGUAAGCAGCAGUACUCCAUCGAGGAGCUGACCAGGAAGCCGCCACCAGAGGGAGUGGACCCUCUGCGCCUGGAAGAUUACCUCUCUGACGAGGACUUUAAGAAACUUCUUGGGAUGAGUCGAGUCGAGUUCAACGCUCUGCCAAACUGGAAGCAAAAGAAUCUGAAGAAAAGCAAGAACCUGUUUUAAAUUUCAUCAUUUUGUACACACAUCUGCCUGUUUUUUAUGUUCUCAGCAGCUUUUCUUACAUUUUUUUUUUAUU